CUCUUAUCACUCUUUGACCCCAUCGCUCCAUCACCUCAUUUUCAAUUAUCGGUUGGAGUCAAGCAAGUUAAAGCAAACUUAGUGACUCGGAACACUCAACAGUCGAUCAACUUACAUUUCCAUAGACCGCAACUGCCGAUCGUCUAUCCCGUUACGGUCAUCUCAAAUCACUUUCAAACAUAUCACUUGCCUUUUGGAAACCUUAGGUUCAUCCUCUAUCUGCUGCGUAUAUGGCAAACUCUACCAAUGUUGGAAAUAAGAAGGCCCUCCUCAUUGCAGUCCGAUCUGUGAAUAAAAAAGGCUUCCUUCCUUUGCAACAUGCACAUGAGGACGCCGAAUCGCUCAAAUGCCUCCUUAUCGAUAAGUUCGAUUACCCCGAAGAAAAUGUUGUCUUGAUGAAGCAUGAUGCGGAGCACCCAAAACAUCUCUGGCCAUCACGGGACAACAUACUCGAGCAAAUCACCAAGAUGGUUGCAAAUGCAACCUCAAAUGACCAAUUUUUCUUCUACUAUUCCGGUCACGGAAACCAAGUAACUUGCAAGCACCAUACAGAAACAGAUGGAAAGGACGAAGUCAUAUACGCGUACACUGGCCACUACAUAGUUGAUAACAAACUAAGAAAGGUACUGGUAGAGCCUUUACCUCGAGGCAGUAAACUUUUCGCACUGUGGGACUCUUGCCACUCUGAGACGAUUUUGGACCUGGAACACUAUAAAUGCAAUAAGUUAUUGUCUGGAGACGUGAGAACUCGACGAAAGUCAUUAACGGGACGCUUCUUGUUGGGUAUGUUGAGUUUUUGUGUAAGACUCUCAUAUAUUGACAUAGGGACAAGAUUUCGUGUCAAGACCAAGGACACUUCCCGACAACCAACAACCUCUAUCGCGUGGUCGUGCGGGAAAUCCAUCGCUGACGUUAAACAGCAUCCUUAUGCGACCUCAAUCUCCCAACAGCUGGCUUCCUCGCAUGUUUUUUGAGAACUCACCUUCUGCUCUCCGUCGGGUUUUGUCCCCAGUCUCUUGGUUCAAGUGUACGGGUGACUGUCAGUAGAA